AUUAUGAACAAGAAAUGAUAUACUCAUUGUCAAAUAGAAGACAACAUUUUAGUGUUCAUUUCAAUUAAAUAAAAAACAACUAUUAAGUUUCUUAAUUAAAUAAUAGUAAAUUAUUACUAUUAGAAUUAACAUGGAUGCGAGUACUUGUUUAAAAAUUGUGACUAAGUUGUUAGUUUAUGUGAGUCUGGUAUUCUUGAUAAUUGUUACUAUUUUAACAGGGUUCUAUAUUUAUAGUAGAGCUAAUACUAAGUUGAUCAUUCCAAUAGUUAUUAAUACUUGGGCAUUUCAAAAUUCUGCUUCAAAAAGUUGGGAAAUAUUAAAUGCUAAUGGUACCGCAAUAGAAGCUGUUGUUGAAGGAUGUAGUACAUGUGAAAUAUCUCAAUGUGAUGGUACAGUAGGUUUUGGUGGUAGUCCUGAUGAAAAUGGUGAGAGUACAUUAGAUGCUCUACUAGUUGAUGGAGCCACUAUGAAUGUAGGAGCAGUAGGAGGUUUAAAACGUAUAAAACAAGCUUCUAAAGUUGCACAACAUGUCAUGGAAAAUACAAAACAUACAUUAUUAGUUGGUGAAGGUGCCACACAAUUUGCCAUUGAAAUGGGUUUUAAAGAAACAAACUUAAGUACCAAUUCUUCUUUACAUCUAUGGAAUAAUUGGAAAAAAAAUUCUUGUCAACCAAAUUUUUGGAUUAAUGUUACCCCAAAUCCAGAAAUUAAAUGUGGUCCUUAUAAGCCUCAUACUCUUAGAACAUUGAAAUCAAAAUCUAGUGGUAGUGUAAUCAACAGAUUUAAUCAUGAUACUAUUGGAGUCGUAGCAAUAGACAACAGAGGUAAUAUUGCUGCAGGUACUUCUACUAAUGGAGCUAAAUUCAAAAUUCCAGGAAGAGUUGGGGAUUCACCUAUUCCUGGAUCAGGAGCAUAUGCUAUGAAUAAUAUUGGAGCUGCAGCAGCUACAGGAGAUGGAGAUAUACUGAUGCGGUUUUUACCUAGUUUUCAGGCUGUGCAAUUAAUGAAACAGGGGUAUAGUCCAGAAGGAGCUGCCAUUCUAGCAAUGAAUACAAUUGCAGAUUACUACCCAGAAUUUACCGGUGCCAUAGUUGUAGUUGAUAAAUUUGGAAACUAUGGAGCAGCUUGUUAUGGACUUGAAUCAUUUCCUUAUUCAGUGGCUAGUUCUGAACAUAGUCACGUCACAGUUAUGCACGUCAAAUGUCAAAAUAGUAGACCACAAUACCAAUGAUAUUAUUUGUUAUCUUUAAUAGAUUUAUUUAUUUAUAUUAAAAAUACAUUUAUAAUUUUUUUUUAUACAGUUAAAUGAGAAAUAAAAUUAAGUUUACUUAAU